ACGUUGCAGCAGCGCUGCAUGGACUCAGUCGAUUCCUCCUAGUAAACAUUGUCUGCCUUCACAGGUAUUUAUUGGAUUUUUCUGCGAAGUGUCUGGAGAAAAAAUCAGGAGGAAAGAUUUUCUUUUCUGUUAUUUUUUUACAAUAUGGAAAGCGAGAGAAAAUCCUCCAAGCAGUACGGCUCCCUGGAGAAGACGCAGGUGGACGCAGCGACGGAGAAAUCAACAGAGGAUGUCAUUUCGAUGGCUGAUUCCACAAUCACGAUCGAGGACAUUGAAGGAGAGCUGGGCAGAAUUGAGCGGAUAAGAGACAUCCUGGUACGGAGGGAAUCGGAGCUGAGAUACAUGAUUGACGACAUCCAGCUCUGCAAAGAAAUCACAAGACUGAAGACGGAGCUGCAGGAACUUGUCUCUAUUUCAGACAAUGGCAAGUCCAAGGAGGACCGGGAGAGGGAGGAGGACCUGCUGCAGCAGAUCAACAAGCUGGUGGAGACCAGAGACUUCCUUGUGGAUGACGUGGAGUUCGAGAGGCUGAGGGAGCAAGAGGAAGACAGAGAAAUGGCCGCAUUCCUACAGUCCAAAUUUCCUAAGACGUUGGCUGCAAAAGGUGCUUUGCAAGAUCAAGCGACGGUGUCCGAAGCCCAGCAGAAGACUGCACCCAUUUUCACUAAAACUGGAUUUACACUACUGAAGGACUGCUGCGGCUUCACCUGCUCCAUCAUGUAACACCGCCCGGAAGAAAACACAGUGUGUGUGUGUGUGUGUGUGUGUGUGUGUGUGUGUGUGUGUGUUUUCAUGUGUGUAUUGUAUGUGUUCUGCAUUCACCCUAAUGUGCAUACAACGUAAGAGAUGCAUAUUAUUCUUAUUAUAUAUUAUGUGAUGAGCAACUAAGGAAUACUGCAUGUAUAUGUGUUGCAGAAGUGGAGCUUCUAGGCUAUUGUAAUGCUUUAUGUCCAAUUAAGGUAAUUAGAUAUUAUUAUGGCUGCUGUGUUUUUGAUGUAUUUAAUGCUGUGAGUGUAAAGGUCACUGGGAACAAACUACACUACAUCAUCUGCACAGGAUAUGAUUCGUCAUUAAUUAACAUGCUUUACAGUCUGUGUUUCAUAGGAAAAGAUUUUCACAUAAGAACAAAAAUAACAAAUAAAUGUACCUAAAAUGUGAUAUUAUUUUGUGUGACACGCCAUCCAUGCAAUGUUUUCAAAAUAAAGGCUUUUAAUCCCAAGUGGGUUUAAAGUACGUAAAGUUCCAAUAA